GCUCGCACUACAUUUACACCCACCCAUGAAUAUUGGGGUGGUUGUAAAUGUAGUGUGGGACAUAUGUCCCGCGAUGUCCGAUAUUGAUGUUUGCUGAUUUAUCGUUAUACGUUGGUUUUUCUUUGAAUAUCUUACUAAAUGUGUUUUAAGACGAUCACCAACAAUCUUCAUUAUAUAACGAUAAAUCGGCGAAUAUCAACAUAUGUUCCGGACUACAUAAAUAGUUUAUUGUACAAGUUACUCAAAAGCUAAACAUCCGGUAUGGCAGACGAUAAUUUACAAGAAAAAGAGAGAGUAUUAGAAUUGGAACACCCUUCACUCGUUGAGCGAUACUAUAAGUCAAAAUAUAUUAUUGAUUCCCAAUCGAAAAAAGAUGAAGAUAUUUGCAUAUUAACCCAUUCCAACAGAAUAUGCAUUGUGACGGUAGCAGAAUGGCACCCAUUGAUUAGAGAGGGGAAAACUAUUUCACAGAUAAAAUUUGAUGUUGAUGGAAUGAACAGACUGGACAACAAGAUUUCAGGGAAAGGAAAAAGGGGGGCUCAACUCCUGACUCCUUCCUCACCGCUAUGCCAAGUUAUAUGUUCUGACAGCUCUACAUACACUAUCACAUGUGGUGUGAGAUCUCAACUUAUGGAGGUCAAUGAAAACCUUCUCAAAUCCCCACACUUGAUGACAAAGAAGCCACAAACUGAAGGUUAUGUGGCCAUCGUCCUUCCAAAAUUAGGAGAUUUUGAAUCGGCCACGAAAAAGUUGUUGUCAAAGGAGGAGUACGUGCAAAAGCGUUUUUCAGGGACAUAAUGUUUUGGUAUUGUACUGAAUAAAGCAGAAUUUUACGCAUU